AUGAUUACGGGUGUCGUGGGUGUCACUUUCUGGACCGACGACCUGGAAAAGAUGUUCCGUUUCUACAACGACGUACUGCAGCUGCCCCUGCAUUCCCGGCAUCCUGACUUCAUUGCCUUCGAGUUGGGUGAAGUUCGCUUCAAUAUCGGUCUCCACAACCGGGUGUCCGGUAACUCCAGCGACCCUUAUCGUUUCAUGCCCCACCUCGGCGUGGCCGACAUCCACGCCGUCGCCGCCAGGCUGGCCGAUGCGGGCGUCGAAUUCAUCCGCCAGCCGGAACAGGAAAGCUGGGGCGGAUGGGUCGCCACCUUUCGCGACCCAGACGGCAACACACUGCAACUGCUCCAGCUGGUCUGA